ACGGAAUCUGGAGGUGGGGGGAGCGGCACUGAGGGCCGCCGGAAGCGACUCCCCGCGCCGCGGGACGGAGCCCCUUUCUCUGGCGGGGAGCCCCUCGGGUGCAGCGUGGGCCCGCGUGCGGCUCUCACAGAUGCCGGUCCUCCCCGCAGGAAAGCAUUCAAACUGAACUGAGAAUGUCUGAAAACCUUGACAAGUCCAGUGUAAAAGAAGCAGGAAAAUCAACAUCGAGUGAUCCUGAGCGAGGCCUUGCAGAUGCUGCGGAACGCUCUGAUGAAGCUUUGCAGGACAAAGCCAAGUCGGACUCCCCCAGCCCCCACAGGGUGCGCAGACCUCACUCCAGCCCUGCUCGAUUUGUGACAGUAGAAGAACUUGUAGAGACAGCGAAGGGAGUCACUAACAUGGCUCUAGCCCAUGAAAUUGUAGUAAAUGGAGACUUUCGGAUUCAACCAGCUGAACUACCAGAAGACAGCUUGGAGAAGAAAGUGAAGGAGAUUGUACAUAAAGCUUUUUGGGAUUGCUUGAGUGUCCAGCUAAGCGAGGACCCUCCGACAUACGACCACGCCAUCAAACUUGUAGGAGAGAUCAAGGAGACUCUCUUAUCUUUCUUGCUGCCUGGUCACACUAGACUGAGAAACCAGAUAACAGAAGUCUUGGAUCUGGAUCUGAUAAAGCAGGAAGCAGAGAAUGGGGCCCUAGACAUUUCCAAGCUGGCAGGAUUCAUUAUUGGCAUGAUGGGGACGCUGUGUGCACCUGCUCGAGAUGAGGAAGUUAAGAAACUAAAGGACAUUAAGGAAAUAGUGCCCCUUUUCAGGGCAAUAUUUUCUGUGCUGGACCUGAUGAAAGUGGACAUGGCGAACUUUGCUGUCAGCAGCAUUCGACCGCACCUCAUGCAGCAAUCAGUUGAGUAUGAAAGGAAGAAGUUUCAAGAGCUUUUGGAGAAGCAGCCAAAUUCCCUGGACUUUGUCACACAGUGGCUAGAAGAAGCCUCAGAUGAGCUUAUGACUCAGAAGCGUAAGUCUGCGCUGCCAGCCGGGGAAGAGGCGGCCGGCUCUAGGGACACCCCCGUGCUGAGUCCUGUCGCUGUCCAGAACUACGCAUACCUGAAGCUUCUGAAAUGGGACCACCUCCGGAGACCUUUCCCUGAAACAGUGCUGAUGGACCAGGCCCGCUUCCAAGAGCUGCAGCUCCAGCUGGAGCACCUGACCGUGCUGGGAGCUGUGUUGCUGGUCACAUUCAGCAUGGCAGCCCCAGGAAUUUCCAGCCAGGCCGACUUUGCGAUGAAACUCAAGACGAUGGUGAAGAUUCUGCUAACCGAUAUGCACCUGCCCUCCUUCCAGCUGAGGGAUGCCCUGACCACCAUCGGGGAGAAGGUCUGCCUGGAGGUGAGCAGCUGCCUCGCCCUGUGUGGGGCCGCCCCCUGCACCCCGGACAAGGAGACAGCGCUCAAGGGCCACAUCCAGGCACUGGCCAGUGCCGAUGAGCCGGUCCGCAGGCUCAUGGAAUCCCGAAUCCUGACCUUCUUAGAGACCUACCUUGCCUGGGGCCAUCAGAAACCACUGCCCGCAGUACCUGGAGGGUUGGGUCCUGUUCAGAAGGAGCUGGAGGAAGUCGCUGUUAAAUUUGUACGCCUGGUCAACUAUAACAAGAUGGUCUUCUGUCCCUACUACGACGCAAUCCUCAGUAAGAUCCUCAUCAGGUCCUAACGUGGACACCCUGUGCUGCAGCAGUGCUACUCGCCCCUGAACACCUGUUCUCAACUCUAAUGUUGCUUUGGAAAAUGGCUGUGUAGUACAAGUCUAUUUAAUAGCUCUGACUCCAAAGGGAAGAAUAUCAUGUAUCACUGUUGAGAAAUCCACUGGGUUCCACUUUGAGAGAUUGUAUUUACGAGUGCAAGUUGAUAAAUCAAAGCAGCUUCCUGUUAUCCUGGUUUUGUAGGUAGCUCUCAGCUCUGAAACAGUUGGCUGCCUGUGUGUGCACUCCUUCUCCACCGUGGUUGCAGCAGCCACGGCCUCUCUCUCCUGCGGCCUGGAGUAGGUCUUUCAGACCCUCCUGCCACAGCUCCCACAGGAAGAGACCAAGCCCCGCCUUGCACAGUGGCCACCCAGUAUUCUGUGUUGGGAGGGCGCCUGUGGCCUCCCUCCCACAGCACUUCCUCCCUGCCUGCCUAGCCAGGUCCUCAGAGCUCCUUUGUUCCAGAACAGAGUUAUUGUUUUAAAAAGCCCGCUCUUCUCCACAGUUACUCACAACCUGAAUGAUAGCAGCUGUGACUUACAGGAUCUUAAAAAAAAAAAGAACUUCAUUGGUUUUGUUUUUUUUUCUUUUAAGCCUUGAAAGUUAGGAGGGAAUUUUAGAAAAUAUGUAUGUAUGUGUAUAUAUGUAUUAAUGUGAAAGGAAAAAUGUGGAUUUUACUGAAAAAUUCACUUUGAUACAAGACACAGAUGUACUGAUUGAAUUAGACUUCUAGAAGGAAUUAAAGUGUCUUCAGGGAAAAUAGCCCAACCUCAACCUCAGUAAUCUCUUAGAUAAGGCAGUCACAGAGAAUCUCUGGGUUCUCAGCAGUAUUUUUCAAGGAACUCCAGUGCUCGGAACUGCUGGCGUGUCGUGUGGUCCCGACAGUGAUCUGGGUCUCACAGAUGAGCUUUUCUGUUAAAGGCCUGUGUGUCGUGUGCGUGCAGUCCACGGGCUUUCCCCAGGGACAGUCUAGCAGGAGCACAGCCGAGGGCCCGUUGGAGUGCUCUCUAGCUGCCCAAAUAGCAGGGGUAAAACCGCUGGAGGAAGCCCUUGGUGAGGGGCGUGGCCGGGCAGGACAGAGCCAGAGGGGCCCAGGGAGGGGCUGGGGGAGGAGUCCCUGCAGGCCGCCUGUGACGCCAGGCAUCUUAAGUCAGUGGGUACACUGAGGGAUGCGAGUUCUUCGGAUACAUGCGACUCUGCCCGUCGUUUAGUUGGAAACUUACGCUGCAUUGUGUGGUCAAGACGUCAUUAAAGCUUAGAAACAAGGACGCGACCUCCCUGGCUCCUGCAGAAGGAGGAGAGCUCGGUGAGACGAUCCGGGGGCAGCUGCACGGGGACUCGGGCAGAUGCCCCUGCUGUGCGCGGGGAAGUGGCUGCACGGACCUUGGCGGGUGGCCCCACAGCAGCACUGGGCAGAGGGCAGACAGAGUGCCAGACCCAGGGCUUCUGGGGAGACCGCAGUGGUCCCAGGGCUCGUACGCAGGACUUGGAUCUGAUUUUGAUGCGUGAACGGAUGAGUGAUGAACUUAGUUCUAACCCAUGGUGAUGGGAUGCAUUUAAAAAAUCACUGAGUAGAGUCAGGGCAUCUUCAGGGCCCAGGUAGGAGACUGGCGAGCCUGGGGCCUCUGUAAAGCGCAGACAGUGUAUUCCAGGGGAGUUGUAAAAAACCAAGUCACACCUGUGCAUUGUGAGUGACGUGGCUUCCGGAAGUGUUCUUUGAGGUGGGGGUCGCUGUGGGGCAACGUUGCUCCUGGUGAAUGGUGACUGGGCUCCGAGCACCCAGGGAUGGCCCGGCUCAGCCUCCGGGCGUCUGGGGCCUGUCCUCCCGCUCCGGGCAGGAGGACAGGAGCUUUGCUGUCACUGCAGGGGGCAUCGCCACCCCCGGCCCCUCUUCGCCAGUUUCCGGAAGGCUGCUCUUCUUCCUCAUGGGUCCUAGCUUGACAAGCUGGGGCCACUUGAAAUUGUGAGGCAGCUCUAGUAAGCAGCUCGCAGCCUUUCUCAGGCCCCUCUACCUCAGUAGUGGACACGCGCAGCUGGCAAGGCCAAGGGUGAAGGGGGCCGAGUUCAGAGCGCCGGCGUUCCCAGGAGCCUCUGCUGCUCCGGGAAGGUAGUGAGCUCAUUUGCUUCCUGGGGUCUCAGAAUUAGCAGCAGGGGCCAGGAAAUCCGUGCAGUUCACUGCUCCCUCAGGAAACCUUAUUAAACAUCUGCUUGUAUCUCGCUCCCACCCCACAGCCCUCCCUCCAAGACGAAACGUUCUUUGGAGUAUACAGUAGCCUUCUUCAGAAUCGAAUUGAUUCUGCAUACUACAGAAUGAUUGGCUGGGACCUGCUUCCUGACGGGUUUGUGGAGACAAGUGCUUCGGCAUGAAAUCCUGGGUGUCCCUGGUGCAGUACCCGCCUGCCUGGGCACAGGACCGAGCCCUCAGAGGGAGGUCACUAUCACCAAGCCUCUUAGACCCGACGCUUUCAUGAAUGAAUGGAUGUCUAGAGCAGUAACUGCUGCGUUGUUGGCUCUUGGUUAGGCGGAUGGAUUCUUAGCCUAAGUGUUUUUGUUUUUUCUUAAACUCUUUUCCUUUUAAAUCUAGCUGCAAAAUGUGGUUACUUAUGUAACCAUGUAACACGAUUAUAAGUAUUCUUCAGAUGAGAGCCACACUGAUUGGGGGUCUUACUGAUUAAAUGCAGUGGGUUGGGUGUAUGAGAACGUGUUCUCUAUGGAGAAAAGUUACCGGUAAGGUUGACUUCCUGGCCUGCAGCAAGCUCACACAGGCCAGCGGUUCUGGGAGGGCUACUCGGCGGCCGGUGUUCGUGGAGGUGCUGCGGUUCUUUUCUGCAAAGCCUUAAGAUGCCUGGGAAUAGAGGAGAGAUUGCCGCCGCCAACCCUGCUGGUGCGUGCCAAAGGGGCCAGGCCUGGGUGCAUGGUGUGCAGUGCCCUGCGCAUGCCCCGUUUCUGAGUACAACAUUUCUUUUCCUUUUGAGGUAGGGUGGGAGGGAGGGAAGCCAGGGCUCCUACCUCCGCCACGGUGCGUCCUCACGGUGGCCAGUCAGGGCUGGGCUCCCACACCCGCACACUGCGGGACCAGUCGGAACACUGCGCCUUCCAGUCGGAACAUCCAGUGGCAAAGUUCCUGAUUCAGAGGAAGAGCUGGGUUCAGGUCCUUUUUUCCCCUCUGUUGCCUGUCACUGGCUGUGUGAUGGUGGACCAGGCGUUCUCCCUUGGGCCUUUGUAUUUUCAUCUAUAAAAUGGAGCACUAUUCACUAUAUUGUUGCUAUGGGGAUUAUGUUUGGUACUGGAUAUUAGGAUCCUGUGUACAUAGAGAGGGUCUGUUUAUUUUAUUAAUAAUAACGGAGAGCAUGGAAGCCUCUACACGUUGAUGCCCGUCCGCGUUAGGGGUGGAUCCCAGGUUAGCGUCCAGGCUCCCUUCAGUCAAGCGCACUGGGAAGGUUUUCUCCCAUCGUCUCCCACGGCUGUUUCCUCUCAUCGCCUCCUGCAGACUUACCGUUCCUUACCACCCAGCGUUCACCUCGACCCCGAUGUUUUCUCCUCAUCUCCACUCACGUAGUAUUUGAAUUAAAUGCGUGCACGAAGGAAAGAACAGAUGAUUGAGUGGUAAUGGAUGAUGGGCUAUGAAACUCAUAUUUAAAGGCACUAUCAUUUUUUUAAAAAAAAUCUAUAAGUAACUACAAUGAUCUUUGCAAUUGUAUUUAUAGUAGAUUUUUGUAUUAUAUAAUUAUUUUAGUGGAUACCAUUUUUAUUCACAGGCAACCUCACGGGUGGGGAAGGGGAUAACCUUUAAGCCCAAAUCAGCUCCAUUUAUUAACCUAUCAAAUGUUCACCGGUACUUUCAGAAAUAGCCAGAGACCUAAAAAUCAGUGUCAGAAGCCUAAACAGGCAGGGUUUUACCUAAAACUCUCCUCGUGUGGAUUUCUGUUAUGCCUGACUUAACUUUUGAACCUAAGAACCAGAAAUACACUGUCAUCCUGGUGUGACCAAGGGCACUUGCUCGAAUUUGAAUCAGAUGUGUGAUGUUAGCAGCACUGGCUAAACUUGACUCCCCGUAAGCCCAACAAUUUUUAAGCUCGCUUUAUCUGAACUAAACACGGAGAACUUUGAACUGCAACAUCUAACUAAAACUAACCUUCAAGCUGAAGUCAUACUAUUGCUUUUCUCUCUUACUCGUGUUGCCUCUGCCUUUUAGAGCACUGUCCUCCUUAAUGCCCACGGCAGAACUCUGGUCGUGUUCACACAGGGAAGGAAGUUUAGCAAAUGGCUGGGCUGUUUUUCUUACUCCCAAAGUUUGGUAAGCUGACACUUCUGUUGAAUGAUUAAGAUGUACUUAAAUCAGUAACAUGUACCUGAAUUGUGUUACUUGGUGAAUAACCAUUUUAAUGAAGUUUGCUUUGGGAAUGGAAAUGUAAGAAAACAGAAUGUGAACCUGGUGAUUUAUGUAUCAACUAUAGGUCAACAGAGGAUUAUAUAAAAUUAAAUAUAUUCAUAUUUAAUAAAUAAAUAAAUUCAUAAUUAUUGACCCAGA